CUGAGGGCAAAAUGGAUUAUAAGCUGUCUCGCUUCUAUAAAUUCGUUGCAAAACCCCCAUAGCCUCCUGUCCUAUCACAUCUUCGCUUUCUGCUCUGCUCUGCUCUGCGCUCUGCCUCUGUCGGGUGGCGUAGAGUGUCACAAGUCAACCCUUCGAGUUCGAAUUCCCUGAUUCCAAUAUGGGUAAGGAGAAGGUUCACAUCAACAUAGUGGUCAUCGGCCACGUUGACUCUGGUAAGUCGACCACCACCGGCCACUUGAUCUACAAGCUUGGAGGGAUCGACAAGCGUGUGAUUGAGAGGUUCGAGAAGGAAGCUGCUGAGAUGAACAAGAGGUCCUUCAAGUACGCCUGGGUGCUCGACAAACUGAAGGCGGAGCGUGAGCGUGGUAUCACCAUUGAUAUUGCCCUGUGGAAGUUUGAGACGACGAAGUACUACUGCACCGUCAUCGAUGCUCCGGGACACCGUGACUUCAUCAAGAACAUGAUUACCGGAACUUCACAGGCUGACUGCGCUGUCCUUAUCAUUGAUUCCACCACUGGUGGUUUUGAGGCUGGUAUCUCCAAGGAUGGUCAGACCCGCGAGCACGCUCUCCUUGCCUUCACCCUCGGUGUGAGGCAGAUGAUCUGCUGCUGCAACAAGAUGGAUGCCACCACCCCUAAGUACUCGAAGGCCAGGUACGAGGAAAUUGUGAAGGAAGUCUCAUCAUACCUCAAGAAGGUGGGUUACAAUCCCGACAAGAUCCCCUUCGUGCCUAUCUCUGGUUUUGAGGGAGACAACAUGAUCGAGAGGUCCACCAACCUGGACUGGUACAAGGGCCCCACCCUCCUUGAGGCCCUGGACCAGCUCAACGAGCCCAAGAGGCCUUCAGACAAGCCCCUCCGUCUCCCCCUUCAGGACGUAUACAAGAUUGGCGGUAUUGGAACUGUUCCUGUGGGUCGUGUGGAGACCGGUAUCCUCAAGCCUGGUAUGGUGGUGACCUUCGGUCCCACUGGGUUGACCACUGAAGUCAAGUCAGUUGAGAUGCACCACGAGGCCCUCCAGGAGGCUCUUCCUGGUGACAAUGUGGGCUUUAACGUGAAGAACGUUGCAGUCAAGGAUCUGAAGCGUGGCUAUGUUGCAUCAAACUCCAAGGACGAUCCUGCAAAGGAGGCUGCUAACUUCACUGCCCAGGUCAUCAUCAUGAACCACCCAGGUCAGAUUGGCAAUGGGUAUGCCCCGGUGCUCGACUGCCACACCUCCCACAUUGCCGUGAAGUUUGCCGAGCUGUUGACCAAGAUCGAUAGGCGGUCCGGUAAGGAGCUCGAGAAGGAGCCCAAGUUCUUGAAGAAUGGGGAUGCUGGUAUGAUCAAGAUGAUUCCAACCAAGCCCAUGGUGGUGGAGACCUUCUCAGAGUACCCUCCGCUCGGGCGUUUUGCUGUCAGGGACAUGAGGCAGACCGUCGCAGUUGGUGUAAUCAAGAGCGUGGAGAAAAAGGACCCCACCGGAGCCAAGGUCACCAAGUCUGCAGCCAAGAAGGGUGGCAAAUGAAGGUUGCUGCAUCCAGUAUCUAAAGUCUUUUACAGUAAAAAUGAACUCAUUGUUGCUAGUGUUGCGUCCAUUGAACUUUGUGUUGCUGUCGGUUCUGGAGGUCUUAGUUUUGUGCCUCCACCUUCAAGCGUCCGUUCCCAGAACUGGGUGCUCGAUCGACGAUGGCACUGCCUCCUCACGAGUCUUUUUUAUAGUUGGGUUUGUGUAGAAAACUCGUGGUGUUUUAAGGUGCAGGAGUUUUAGGUCAUUGUUCCUGUGCCCCCUAUGUUUUCAUUUGACGAGGUCAUUAAACGAUAGUUAUAGUGGUUGCUUACUAUAGACACCACCAUCCCUUAUUUUGGUUCUUGUCCGAUGGGCGAUGAAUGUAAGUGAGCUUCCAAUUAACGUAAGACAUAUUAACAAA